GUCAACAAUAAGCCGCGCGAUGUAGUGCGCGGGGGGCGGGCGCCGGGCUCGGAGGGGCGCCUCCAUGGAGCCCCCGCGGAGGUGCUGCCGCCGCCGCCGCCGCCUCCUCGACCUGGAUGCCGGAGGGCCAGGGCCGGAGCCGGCGUGGGCUCCUAGCAAGCCGUGAUGCUCCUGCUGGAGGAGGGCGGCGAGCCGGCUUCGGCCCCGGCCUCCCCGGCCGUGAUGGCGCCGCGGAGGAGGAGGAGGGCCGUCUACCGCAUCUCGGUGACCCUGGUCAAGAAGGAGGCGCUGGCCGUGGCCCCCUGGCCCCCGCACGGGCUCCUCCUGGAAGAGGAGGAAGAGGACGAGGAGGAGGAGGAGGAGGACGCCGAGCAGGAGCCGGAAAGGGGGCGCGGCGCCGCGGCCUCUUUCCGCAGUUUCCGGGCGCUGAGCACCGGGCAGCUGGAGCUGGGCCGCCUCAAGGUGUCCUCCCGCCGCAGCCACGCCGGGCCCACCCCUCCGCCGCCCCCGCCGCCCCUCCCUCCGCCUCUGCCGCCUUUGCGCCGGAGCUGCAGCUUCCGCCACUGGAGCGGCGGCGGUGGCGGAGGCGCCGAAGGGCUGAGGCUGCGCGCUUUGGCUCGGAGCAAGCGGCACAGCAGCUCAGGAUGCCUGGCUCUCGGGCCCGGAGCAGGCCGGUCGCGGAGCGUCGGGAGGAAGGCAGCCCCCGAGGAAGAGGAGGCGGAGGAGGAGGAAGGCCCCCGGAGCCCCACUGCCACUGCCGCCUCGUCCUCGCCUCAGGAGCGCCGCCUCCUCCUCAGCCGCUUCUUCAGCGGCGUCUUCUCGCCCUUCGGGAGCCCCCUCGGAAGGGGGCCGCGCGCCCGAGCCUCCAGCGCCGGAAGCAGCGCCUGCAAGAGGAGGCAUGGCCCCCAAGAGGGACCCCGCAGCAGAGAUGCCUUUGUAAAUAGCCAGGAAUGGACACUGAGUCGAUCUGUGCCAGAACUCAAAGUGGGAAUUGUAGGAAAUUUAGCUAGUGGGAAAUCUGCUCUUGUACAUCGAUAUCUGACUGGGACAUAUGUCCAAGAGGAAUCACCAGAAGAUAUGGAUGCAGGUGGGAGAUUCAAGAAAGAGAUAGUAGUUGAUGGACAGAGUUAUCUUCUGCUUAUUAGAGAUGAAGGAGGUCCUCCAGAGGCCCAGUUUGCCAUGUGGGUGGAUGCUGUUAUAUUUGUCUUCAGUCUCGAGGAUGAAAUUAGCUUCCAGACUGUUUACCACUACUAUAGCCGUAUGGCAAACUAUCGUAACACUAAUGAAAUCCCAAUGGUACUAGUGGGAACUCAGGAUGCUAUAAGUUCCAGUAACCCUCGUGUAAUUGAUGACGGCAGAGCACGAAAGUUGUCAAAUGAUUUGAAAAGAUGCACCUACUAUGAAACCUGUGCUACCUAUGGACUGAAUGUGGAGAGAGUCUUUCAGGAUGUUGCACAGAAGAUUGUUGCAACAAGGAAAAAACAGCAGCUUUCAAUAGGUCCUUGCAAAUCAUUGCCAAACUCCCCAAGCCACUCAUCUGUAUGUUCAGCCCAGGUGUCUGCAGUACAUAUCAGCCAGACCAGUAACGGAGGAGGGAGCUUAAGUGAUUAUUCUUCCUCUGUCCCAUCUACUCCAAGCACCAGCCAGAAGGAACUACGGAUUGAUGUCCCACCUACUACCAACACUCCAACACCCGUUCGUAAGCAGUCCAAGCGCCGGUCAAACCUUUUCACAUCUCGGAAAGGGAGCGACCCAGACAAAGAGAAGAAAGGUUUGGAGAGCAGAGCAGAUAGCAUUGGAAGCGGCCGUGCAAUCCCAAUUAAACAGGGCAUGCUGCUAAAGAGAAGUGGCAAGUCGUUAAAUAAAGAAUGGAAGAAGAAAUAUGUUACUCUUUGUGAUAAUGGUGUACUAACGUAUCAUCCAAGUUUACAUGAUUAUAUGCAGAAUGUUCAUGGGAAAGAAAUUGACCUCCUGAGAACCACAGUGAAAGUCCCAGGGAAAAGGCCGCCUCGAGCCACAUCAGCGUGUGUACCUAUCUCUAGUCCGAAAACAAAUGGCUUGUCCAAAGACAUGAGCACCUUACAUAUCUCGCCAAAUUCAGGAAAUGUGACAACUAGUACUUCUGUGUCUCAGAUGACAAGUGGCAUCAGUCUUGUUUCCUUCAACAGUCGGCCUGAUGGAAUGCAUCAACGUUCCUAUUCAGUCUCCAGUGCUGACCAGUGGAGUGAGGUGACAGUCGUUGCAAACUCAGGCAUCAGUAGUGAUACCGGCUUGGGAGAUUCUGUGUGUUCCAGCCCAAGUAUAUCUAGUACUACAAGUCCAAAACUGGACCCUCCUCCUUCUCCCCAUGCAAACCGAAAAAAACAUCGCAGGAAGAAAAGCACAAGCAAUUUUAAAGCUGAUGGUAUCUCAGGCACUGCAGAAGCCAAACGCAAAGCAUGGAAACUAAAUCGUGUUGGUAGCCUGCGAAAUAUAUACAGCAGCAGCAGCACCAACACUGAAGAACAAGAAGAAAAUUUUGAAUUUAUCAUUGUAUCCCUCACUGGUCAGACUUGGCACUUUGAAGCAACAACAUAUGAAGAAAGAGAUGCCUGGGUCCAGGCUAUAGAGAGUCAGAUCCUGGCCAGUUUGCAGUCAUGUGAGAGCAGCAAGAAUAAGUCCCGACUGACAAGUCAGAAUGAGGCCAUGGCCCUUCAGUCAAUAAGAAACAUCACAGGCAAUUCUCGCUGUGUGGACUGUGAGGUACAAAAUCCUGAUUGGGCAAGCUUAAAUCUGGGGGCGCUCAUGUGUAUUGAAUGUUCAGGGAUACAUCGAAACCUUGGCACACACCUGUCCCGUGUCCGUUCCCUUGAUUUGGACGAUUGGCCUAUAGAACUCAUCAAAGUAAUGUCCGCAAUUGGGAAUGAGCUAGCAAACAGUGUGUGGGAGGAAAACACCCAGGGUCGGGUAAAGCCAUCUCCAGAUUCCACAAGGGAGGAAAAGGAACACUGGAUCCGUGCAAAGUAUGAACAGAAGCUCUUCCUUGCUCCUCUGCAAUGCUUAGAGCUCUCCUUAGGCCAACACUUGCUAAGAGCAACUGCUGAGGAAGAUUUGCGAACUGUCAUCCUGCUUCUUGCACAUGGGACACGAGAAGAAGUGAAUGAAACCUGUGGAGAUGGAGAUGGACGUUCUUCCUUACAUUUGGCUUGUCGGAAAGGAAAUGUUGUGUUGGUGCAGCUCUUAAUUUGGUAUGGAGUUGAUGUUAUGGCUCGGGAUGCCCAUGGAAACAGUGCAUUAGCCUAUGCCAGGCAAGCCACAAGUCAAGAGUGCAUUGACGUCCUUCUGCAGUACGGUUGUCCAGAUGAGCGCUUUGUUCUCAUGGCGACUCCCAAUUUAUCCAGGAAGAACACUAACAGGAACAACAGCAGUACAAGAAUGCCGACCAUAAUCUGAAGGAUUUGGUUCUUGUUUUCCAGCAUUACUAACAUUUACCACCACAUAUUAUGCAUUAAUUUGACAGCUGAUUUCUGUGCGUCUUUUAAAAAAAACCCUUCUCCUUUUCUCCUUAGUUCUCACUUUCUCCAUAGGGGAAAAUGCCUGGAUAUUGCAAAAGAGGCAAGAAGGAGAAAAGAAGACUGCUGAAACCAUGUAUUUAAAUUAAAAGAUCUUGAGUGAUGAAAAUAUAAAAGGGAGGGGGAGACAAAGAGAGGUCAUGGGUUCUCUAAUGAUAGCCCACGACAUGGGACCAUUUGACUAGGUGUCUCUAGGCAGGCUCCUACAAGCGAGUUACUGGGGGGAAACAACAGGGGGAAGAAGAGAAGGCACAGUAACUUUCCUUAACUGACAGUUAAGCGCAUUAGUACGUUUCACCUCUACCAAGCUGAACAUUUGGAUUUCAUUCUCUUUUCUGAAGAGCUUGACAGCAUAAAUCAGAGGCAAGCACAGAGUUUGUCAGGUUUGAAGCUCCUAUGAUGGUAUGUGUCAAAUCAGUUGUAGCUAAUCUGUCCAGGGAGAAUACUGGCUUCAUUACACUUGUAUAGUUGAGUUCUUCCAGCAUUACUGCUGUUUAAUAGAACAUGAUUAGUCAUCACGGAGAAAAAAGCAUAUUAGCUGAGGAGGUAGUUACAUGGCACGCUUCGGUGAUUGCUUGGAUGUGAUUGCAAUAUUCUUAGAAGCAUCAUAUUAUCUCAGACAUGUUCUUUCAAGCCCUUGGAGCCCUCCUUUCUAAAUUCACUGUCAUAAUUUAGUAUCUGUUUAAUUUUUCAGUCCAAAGAGAGGAAAUCAGUUGCUGAGUCUUAUUUGACUGCAGCCUCCUUGGUGUAAAAACAAAAUGGAAAAAAUAAAUAAGAAUAGCGAUGAAAUAGGGAGUGCAAAGGAAUAA